AUGUCGGCGCUAGCGCAGCUCGAGAAGCAGCUGAAUAUCCUCGACGCGUUGAAUCGAGCCAGCGCGAAGGCUAUCGACUCGUUCGCCGACACCUCGAGUGCCAUCUCAGUUCGCGCAAAUGAGAUCAUACGCGACGUUAAGCCAUGGGAUGUGGCGCAGGAGAACAUCACCCUCACCAUCGAGGAAAUGUCGAAAGCGGCGCGUUGUUAUCAUCCUCCACCCGCCCUACCAGCGGUGCUGAGCGGAAAGGAGUCGAGCUUGGAAGCCAUCACACGAUGCAUCGACUACCUCGUCUACGCGGAUGAUUACCUAGCGAGCCACCCACCGAACCACUACGGGGCAGAGAUCGAGGCCAGGACAGAGAUCCAGUUGCAGCAGAUUGUGCGCAUCAGCGAAAAUUUUGUGAAGACCGCCUUCAUCAACGCGCUGCAACGGAGCAAGGUGUCGCAGCCCAGCGCCGGGGUAGGAGGGCCGACAGGCCAGACAGGAGUUCGCUUCAGCGGUGUCCCACAGUUGAGCAGCACCCUAAAGCCGACGGCAAACCGACUGAUCCGCAAUGAGGCAGCGCUACAGGGCGUCGAUCAGAUUGUGCAGCGCCUCGGCGAGAACUUCAAUCGAACGGAUUGCAUUCGAAAAGACGUGCGGAGACUAUUUGAGGAAAAGCUGGUAGCGGCAAUACAGGCGCAAUUUGAUGGCACGUACCGCGACGAGGAAACGGGAAAGAGCGCACUAACAUCGCGCUCCUCUGUGCUUCCAGUGCUGAGACACUACCAGCACGGAGACCAUGGACUGCUGCGCAUCAGUGAGUCGGCACGGGAUCUGGUGACGGACGCGUGUGCGUGCCUGCAGCGGUAUGUACUCGAGCCGCUGGAAGACGACUACUCCGUGGCGGACAUCCCGAGCGAGUUGGCCACCGUUGUCUUCGAGGUAAUUUAUCGGCGUGCCAUCAGGGUUAUCCAGGUCGAUACCUCCUUCUUUAGCAACCCGACGAAGCUAUUCGUCGACUCGCGCGGCCAAGGAGCCGGCCUCUUCCCGACACCCCGCUACUUCCGGGACUACAUCUUCAUUGGGCUCGACCUCAUGGAGGAGUUUUGGAAGUGGAAGACCUUGUCGAAAUCGAUCCCUGGCGAGAACAGGGACUUCGUUGACCACGUCGAUGACUCAGUGGACAACUUCAUCUACCGAAUCCGUGAGCUGCUGGAUGGGUACGUCAACGCGAAAGGGGGACUGGAGAAGGAGGCGCUGAAAGAGUACGCGCGAUCCAUGCGCCGCACGGAGUGGUUUCCCUCCGUCGACUGCACGGUGCACGAGUCGGCGACGAACGUCCUUUACUUCCACAAGGCGCUACUCACCUCCUUCUACGGCUCACUGCGCAUUGUGUUGUAUGGCAGCAUCAUUGGUGCCAACGCCGAUUACGAGUCGCGCCAGGAGGUGGAGGAUUACCUCACUCGCGGUGUGAUUGGUGCGGUGGACGACCUGCGGACAUUGGCAGAAGCGGCGGCAGAGCUUCAGCAGGAAAUGCUAGCCAAGCGCAAUCACCGUACAAAGCCCGACUCCCUCUCUCUCCUCAGCAGCGACGUGCGAUUUUCCGUGGACAUCUUCAUGAUCAACAACUUGUGCUUCUUGGAGGACAACUAUCGUCGCGAGGCGUGCUUCACGACACGACUCGCAGAAGCGGUGCCACCAGCAAUUUCCUCGCGUGUAGGAGCCAUUGAACGCAAAGACGCCGCGGAACCACCCCCGCCUGAUCUGCCGCUCUCCCAGCUCUUCGACAUACUCAACUCGGAGCGGCUGCAACACGUGAACGCUUUCGGUGCGAGCUGGCAUGAGUGUUUUCCCGCCUUUUCAGUCCACUCCGAGCUGAUGUCUAUCGAGCCGCGAUCAACGAAGGAGCUUCGCAAGUCGCAGCGUAUGGCAGUAAAACAAUGGUGUCGACGUGUGACCGGCGCUCUUUUGAAGAAGAUUCACUACUGCAAUGUGGAGGUUGUGAUGGAUAUCAAGUCCCGUACCAAGCUCAUUGACGUUUCCAUCGCCGCGGUGCGGGACUGCUUCGAUCGCAUGGAGGCGGUGUUGAAUGGCCGCACCUGGUCCACACAACCGCAGAAGUGGAUGCCUUUUACACUCACCGAGUGGGAAGAGCAAAUCCGGCAGUCAUUUUGA